GUAUUAAAAAUGUUUUUUAAACACGAUAACGCUAGUAAUAGAAGCGAGUGCAAUUUAUGUAAAAAAUUUAUUACGGGUAAGCAUUCAUCUAACUUAGAGAAACAUGUAUUUGCGCAUCACAAAUUACAAUAUGCAGAUCUAAUUAAAGCCAAAAAUAAACUAAAACAAACAAUAGAAAACUUAGAUGCAGAAACAUCACUAAUAAAUAAAAUAAAUAACAGUCAGAGCACAUUGAAUAAUUUCGUAAGCAUUUCUAAAAAAUCCAUCAAACUUAACUUGCAUAAAAAUUCACUAAUUGCUGCUUGUAUUGAAAUGGUAACAAUAAAUAGAAGACCUUUGACUUUAUUACAAGAUUCAGGUUUUAGGAAAAUUUUGGAUCCUGUCUUAGAUGCAUUUUUACCGGAAAAAAACAUUGAAGAUCUAAUUGUAGAAAAUGAACCCAGUAAUUUUGAAGAUGAAGUUGUCAAAGCAAUUGAACCUGAAGAAACAACUAUAUUAGUUAGGUGUGCAGCUCACACAUUAAACCUUUGCAUUGAAGAUGGGCUUAAAAUUCCAGUUAUUCAACAAGUUUUAAGUCGCGCAAGACAUGUAGUAAAAAAAUUAAGGACCCCAACUUAUGCUGGAUUAUUCAAACGAAAUAACUUGAAACUGGCAAUAAUUGAUGUUGAAACAAGAUGGUCAUCUACAUAUGAUAUGCUUGAAAGACUUUUAAAAUUGAAAAGUUUUUGUCAAGAGUACGAAGAAACAAUGCCAGAUUUAAAAUGCGGCAAAAUACCGACCGCAGCAGCUUGUUGGUGGAACAUUAUUGCUAAAUUAGAAAUUAUUAAUACUAGUUUGAGUAAUGCUUUAAAAAAUUCUAUGAAGAUAAGAGGAAAAAAUUUACUAGAAAAUCCAAUUUUUUUGGCAGCAAACUAUUUAGAUCCUAGAUUUCAAAGUACUUUAUCAGAAGAUAAUAAAAUUGAAGCAAAAUCUCAUUUAAUAAAAACUUGGAAUACUAUGGAAAACCUGACUUCACAAGAUUCAGAAAUGAAUAAAAACAAUAUAUCUGACAUAGAAACAAACAAUUUUGAAAAUGUUGAUGAUCCACUUGAACAGUUUUUAAAAUCACAAAGUGGAACUACAACUAAUUUAACACCUCUACCUGGAAGCGACAAAUGUUCUAUUAGAGUUUUAAUUGAAGAAUUUGAUAAUAGUUGUAGAUUACAUUAUAAAACUGAUAUUAAACAAUUUUGGUUAAAUGCAAAGAAGCCAGAAUUAUUUAAGUUAGCGCAAGUUGCAAUGGCUGUUCCAUGCACACAGUUUCAUUAA